UGGUCAAAGUGCCACUUCUCUCUCCCUCUUCUUCUUCUUCUUCUUCUUCUUAUUCAGUUCUUCUAAGUUCUGUCUCCUUUUAGAUCCGCGACACGAUCUACUCGAAGCUUCUUCCAUGGCGUCAAAGCGGAUCUUGAAGGAGCUCAAGGAUCUCCAGAAGGACCCUCCAACCUCAUGCAGCGCCGGGCCUGUUGCUGAAGACAUGUUUCAAUGGCAAGCAACAAUAAUGGGCCCUCCUGAUAGUCCUUAUGCAGGGGGUGUCUUUCUAGUUACCAUUCAUUUCCCUCCUGAUUAUCCGUUUAAACCACCUAAGGUUGCAUUUAGGACCAAGGUCUUUCAUCCAAACAUCAACAGCAAUGGAAGUAUCUGUCUUGACAUUUUGAAGGAGCAGUGGAGCCCUGCUCUCACCAUAUCCAAGGUGUUGCUAUCCAUUUGUUCCCUAUUGACGGACCCCAACCCGGACGAUCCCCUGGUGCCGGAAAUUGCUCAUAUGUACAAGACAGACCGGUCAAAAUACGAGACAACUGCUAGGAGCUGGACCCAGAAGUAUGCUAUGGGUUAGUAAGUUGUGUGCCAACGACAUGUAAGACACCAACAUCGGGUUCCCUGUUUUGUAUAAUAGAAGCCUGGCGUGUGAACUAUUGUAAUAGACAUUGAGGAAUAGGUUUGCUUGUGCCCCUCUAAGAUAAUGGCAAUGUGCUAGGUGGGUUCAAAUGGAUACUUAUCUCAAAAAACUAUGAAGGAUCAGAAGUUGUUAAAGCUGGAUGCAUUGUCUAUAUAUAUGUAAAACUUGAAGUUUAUUUACUGUUUUGUGUUCUAAUGUA